AUGACCCUGCCAAGCGGUAGACAUGACCAAGGACAUCAUCGUCAUCGGCGGGGGCAUAUCCGGCUUGGCCGCGGCACACCGGCUGACAGAGCUGAGCCGCACCGGGUCCACGGCAUACCGGGUGACACUGCUGGAGCCUCCGACCGCCUCGGAGGCGUCAUCGCCACCGAGCAUGCCGACAAUCUCCUGCUGGAGCUCGGUCCGGAUUCCUACAUCACGGACAAGCCCGCCGCGCUACGCCUUUGUGAGCGCCUGGGCCUCGCUGAUCGCCUCAUUGCGCCGCAACAAGGCGGGUUUGAAACUCUACUAACCGUUCACCGGGGCGCGCUGAGCCGCUCCCCGAGGGGCUUCCUGUUGAUGGCCCCCACGCGGGUGGGAUCGGUGCUGCAAAGUCCCGUGUUCUCCUGGAGCGGCAAGCUGCGCAUGGCGCUGGAACCGCUGAUACCCCGGCGCUCCCAUGACGGCGACGAGAGCCUUGCAUCGUUCGUGCGACGACGGCUGGGCCGGGAAGUCCUGGAACGUGUCGCGCAACCGCUCAUCGGCGGCAUCUACGCCUCGGACCCGGAAGCCCUCAGCCUGGCUGCCACCAUGCCCCGGUUCCCCGAUAUGGAGCGCAACCACGGCAGCGUCAUCCUCGGGAGCCGGCAGGCGCAGAAACGCCGGGCACAGGCCGCGGGCGAGACCGGCGCGCGCUGGAGCCUGUUCGUCAGCAUCGACGGCGGCAUGGAAGUGCUCGUGCGCCGCAUCGAGGAGACGCUUGGGCCGGGCGUGGUGCGCCUUGGCGAGACGGUCCGGGAGCUCUCCUGGAACGCCGAGGCCCGCCGCUGGCGAGUGGACACCGGCCACGGCUCGGUUGAGGGAGACGCCGUCAUCUGCACGCUACCCGCGUUCGCAGCGGCGCAGGCUCUGGCGCCACUGGACUCCGAUUUGGCUGGGGAGUUGGGGGCAAUCCCCUUCUCGUCCACCGCCACAAUCAACUUGGCGUACCGGCGAAGCGACAUCCCUCAUCCCCUCGACGGCUACGGCUUCGUGGUCCCGCACGUGGAACGCCGGAAGAUCAUGGCCUGCACCUUCAGCAGCGUCAAAUACGCCGGAAGGGCUCCCGAAGACACCGCCCUGCUGCGCUGCUUCGCCGGCGGCGCCCUGCAACCGGAUCUGCUCGACCAACCGGACUCGCUCCUGGAAGCCCAGGUCCGGGAGGAUCUGGAGGCGCUCCUCGGCAUAUCCGGCACGCCGAUCCUCUGCCGCACCACCCGCUACCCCGACUGCAUGCCCCAGUACAACGUUGGCCACCUGGACCGGGUGGAGAGAAUCGAGACCCGGUUACAGCAGUUCCCCACCCUCGCCCUGGCCGGCAAAAGCUACCGCGGCGUGGGCAUCGCCGACUGCAUCCACGGCGGCGAAACAGCGGCGGAGGGGAUUGUGGAGGGACUUGCGCAGGGGGAGUGA